AUGUGUAGCAACGAAAGUUCGUCCAAUGCCCCGCCGAAACUACCGAUGCCGUUUUCCUUCGAACCAAACGCUCCAAGAGCUCUAUUUCCGCUGGACCAGUACCGUCUGCAGCUUUACCAGUACGCAGUCGCUGAACGUUUACGAUAUCCGCUACUCAAUCCAUUUCCGUCAACUUUGACAUGUUACCCCCUGUUCCCAAGAGCUCUGCAGCCGGAGGAACCAAAACCGCAACACAGUUACAUCGGCUUGAUCGCGAUGGCCAUACUAAGCUCCCCGGAAUCGAAACUGGUGCUAUCCGACAUCUACCAGCACAUCCUGGACCACUACCCCUAUUUCAGAACGAGGGGGCCCGGCUGGAGGAAUUCCAUCAGACACAAUCUCUCCUUGAACGACUGUUUCAUAAAAGCUGGUCGUAGUGCUAACGGAAAGGGCCACUAUUGGGCCAUACACCCGGCCAACGUGGAGGACUUCCGCAAAGGCGACUUCAGGAGACGCAAAGCGCAACGAAAAGUCCGAAAACACAUGGGGUUGGCCGUCGAUGAAGACGGUGCAGACUCUCCUAGUCCUCCACCGCUUUCCGUUAGCCCCCCGGUCGUACCUGGCCCCUCAACGUCAGUGUACCCGAUAGUCUCCACAAGGGGGGCACCAACUAGGAAGAGGCAGUUCGAUGUUGCGUCACUUCUAGCCCCCGAUUCUGGGGAGGAUUCGAACGAAGAGGAUAUCGACGUAGUUUCCAGUGACCAGCAAGAAAAAUCCGAGGCUAAACAGCAGUGGCCUAUGUUUCCUAUAGUCGACUAUUACCAGGCGCUGCUACAUACAAGACCGAUGGGGACUAUGAAGCCCGAAACUAGCACGGAUAGUUCGAAUUCUUAA